AUGUUCGGCAACGGCAUCUUCUCUUGGUUCUCCUCCAAGCAGGAGUCUACCGCUCCCGAGGCUACCUGGGACGCCACCACGGCCAACAUGCAAAACCAGCAGCCCACCAGCCCGGCAGCCCCCUCCACCGACCGCGUCGAGACUGAGCAGCCGAACUCCCAAGAGAACAUGAAGUUGCGCGGCGGUGGUGCCGGCGACGUCUGCUGCGGCCUGUAA